GACCGCGCAGGAGGGAAGGGGGGGCGGGGCGUCGGUGACGUCACGCCGGCGAGACGCGGCCUGGUGAUGGAGGGCUCUCUCUACAAAUGGACAAACUACCUGAGCGGUUGGCAGCCACGGUGGUUUGUUCUGGAUGGCGGUAUUCUCUCGUAUUACGACUCCCAGGAUGAUGUCAGUAAGGGCUGCAAGGGCAGCAUUAAAAUGGCAGUGUGCGAGAUACAAGUGCAUUCAUCAGAUGGCACGCGUUUGGAUCUCGUCAUCCCUGGGGAGCAGCACUUUUAUCUGCGCGCCAUGAACGCCGCUGAACGGCAAUCCUGGCUUGUGGCCCUGGGCAGCUCCAAGGCCUGCCUGCACGACAGCCGCUCAAAGAAAGAGAAAGAGAUUAGCGAGACAAGCGACUUCCUCAAAACCAAAAUGUCAGAGUUGCGACUCUACAGUGACCUGAUAAAACAGCAGAUAAACACAGUGCGGGAGUCCCUCCAGCCAGGAGAGAGUCGGACACGGCCUGACAUGGAAAAAAUGAAUGAGGCAUCAUCACUGCUGGAUGCCACAUGCGGCACCUUCCUAAAGACCCUGGAGGAGUGCAUGAUCAUCGCCAAUUCCAGCUUCAAGCCAGAGCUCUUCCACUUCUCUCCACCACCAUCGCCUGUGUCCCCUGUCUCUCCUGCCUCCGCUCCCUUCCAUAUCAAUCGGAUCAAACGUACGAGCCAGCCAAACUUUGGGUCCCUUGAAAGGCACGCGACUCAAACAUGGAGGAUGGACAGCAAGCAACAACAUCAGCAGCAUGGAGGCACGACAGUUGUGAGGGACCUGGAAGAGAUGGCAUCGAUUCGAUCCCUGAGGCGGCUCCAGAGGCAGCGAUCCCCAUCACAGACAGAUGCUGAGCAGCAUCUCCGCGCAGCCACCACUGCGCCAGAGGGUCAAAAUUCAAUUUCGGCUACCGCUCCAUCAGAAAUGGACAGUGUCCAGUGCUCGGCAGAGCGUGCAGAAGAAGAAUCUGAAGACUCUCCAUCUCCACACGAUUUUAAGGAUGCCAACGGAGACUUAAAUGGGUCUCAUGUGAUUUCAGAGCAAGCACUUCCACAACCCGACACUCCAGUUGGUGUGUAGCUAUAGAAGAAGUAAAUACUUUAAUGGGACCAUCACUGAGUGUUUAUAUUCUACCAUGCUUGUGUCAGAGUGGCAGGUCUGCUUUGGAACUUGCAGUUGCCAUUGAAGCUUUGUGAUAUCAUACAGGAUGUGUGUGUGUGUGAAAGGAAGAUUGUAAGUUAUUGUGUUUUUCCCCAGUGAAUUCAUAAUUGUUCUUCAGCCAAAUAAACCGUGUUAAGAGGGAUAAGUGUAUUUUAGUAAAAACAAACCAAAACAUAGCAUAAUUUAAAUGUGAACUUUCAUCUAGGCACACAUUUGUCGUCUGGUGUUCAUGUGUGUUGUGUAUUACAUAUUGGAGUCCUGUCAACUCAUUUUAUUCAGGGUUCACAGGUUGUAUACAUAUUUUAGUGCUGCAACCAAUCAACGUCUGUUUUUGACAUCAGGAACUAAAAAAAAUCAAGCAUUUCACUGCUUUACCAACAAUGGGGCAUUGCUCUGAACCACGAGUGGAAAUGACAUUCCAAUGGUCGGGGGACCAUUCUCCCAUUGCAAGAAUUAUGUUGACUUCCCACAAAGGGGACUCAUUUUAUUGACCACAGAGGGAUGAUGAACUGAGUCAACCACCGGUUGGAAUUUUAAUUUGCAGUCUUUCGAUUGUAAGGUGAGCGCUCUCAACCACAGCAUCACCUAUCUGGAUAGCCAAAAUUAUUUAGGUGAAAGUAAAUCCAACAAACAUGCCUAUGUAUGAGCUGAAUUCAUAAAAUAAGCCUAUGUACUUGUGAAGCACUUAUGGCUCUGGUUGGAGGUUCCACACAUUUGUUUCUCAGAUUUUACAGUAUCAGGUGAAACAGCGAAAUGAAAUGUAAUCUGUAAUAUUUAAUUAUCCCAUGCCAGGAGGUUACCAGACUGAUUCUCCUGUAAAUCUAUAUGAACUUAGUCAUAUUUUGGUUAAGUCGGAUCAGGUAAAACCACCGGUCAUUAACAUUUCUACAUGCAUUACCUGAAACUGGAAAUCUUAAAACAGUGUUUGCCAAUCACCUGCUCUCGAGCCAUGUUAUGAGGCUUUUCUUAUGCAUUUAGUCUAUACAUAUGUCCAUGUAUAACGUAUUCUCUAGAUGCAUGUAUUUAUAUAUUGGCGUAUAUUAUACAAGCAUACGUGUACAACUAUACAUAUAUAAAUAAAUACCUAUUCUAUUUAUGGCACUCUGGUUUUUCUUGGUCAAUAACUAGUCCUUUAUCUGUUGCAGCUCUAAAAUGUGUUUGUUACAGAGUUUGUUCUGGUAUAUGCAACGUCUAGAGAGAAUUUACUGCAGCAAUGCCACGUUUGUUAAUACAGCAUAGUCGCUGGUUAAUGUGAAUAAAUGCUUUAAGAGUGCAUCCACAACAUGUUUUUUUGCUGUUACAUUGCUAACGUGAUUACACAUUUCCACACCAAGUAUCAUGGUAUCUUUGAAGCACAUUGUAUUACACAUGUACCUGUGUGCAUGUAAAUCUCUUGUCAAUCCACAUCUGGAUGAGGGCCUUCGGACCCCCGUGUGGGUCACGACGGGCUAUUUGACUACACUUCGUUCUGGGGAGUGCUGGUUGGUGAUUGGAACAUACAAAAACAACAAUGUUUUGCUGUAAUAGCCUUUGCUGUCCAUGUAGCGCCCACAGCCUGUAACACCUGUAUUGCAUGGUGUUGGCCCAUCCAAGCACUAUCCAAGCUCAAUCCUGCUUGACUUCCUAGGUAUCGUGGGAUCGGGCACAUUCCGGGUGAUUUGGUCGUAGGUGUGAUGCAAUAGAAAGCACUACAUAACUACUGAUUCUUGUGAUAACGGGAAAAAUCAGUUGGACCAUCGUGACUUGUAUCAGAAUAGCUCAUGACAUAAUAUCACUACAACCCUUACCUUGCCAUGCAGUGUUGUAUAUUGUGUUUGAACUGGCCCCAGUUUAUAAACGGAUCUUGUAACUCAUGCUCACUCUGCAUUUAUAUAUUGUUAGUACAGUGUAAUUUAUGCAUAAUAUCGGGUUUGCUAUUGAAAUGUUGCACUUUUUAUAUUUCAUAGCACUUGCACAUACAGGAUGUGAAUUAUAUAAAUUUUAUAAUGAAUAUAAGAAUUGCUCAAAUAAGUUGAUGAUUUUGCAUAUAAAGAUGGGUGGGGGGGGGGGGGAAAUACUAGAUACGGUUUUAGGUUUGUGCCACUUUUUAAAAAGUUCCACUGCCAUUUCUAAAGUGCUUAGCAGUAAGUAUCAUCCAUCAACAUGUUGCUGUUCCACCCAUUUGAGACAUUUGUUUUCAUCCAAAUGCCAUCAUCUUUAAGGUGUCGUAGGAAAGUCCAUAAUCCUUGUAAAAGAAAAAAAAACUGAUAAGGAUGACGAUAUUUCAGAUAAAGUGGAGACGUGCUAAAGCACCGCUGUGCUUUUUUACGGUUCUCUGUGCCACAGGUGUGACUCGUACACACAACUUUUUAAAUAAAUCGCAAUUCCCAACUCGUGUGUUUGUGAAACCAAACCCAACCUGGAUUAUAUGUGAAGCGUUUUGCAAAUGAUUUUCAGGCUUUCAUUUCCAUUGUACGGAUAUUUUUUUUCAUGUGACUUGCUACCCCUGCAACAAGAAAACACUAAUAUAAUUUUUUUUGUCAAAAUGGCACAAGUUAACAGAUACAUUUUUUAAUGAUUUUUAAGUUGAAAAAAAUAAAAACCCUGACAGAAGAUUCAUAAAAGGAUACAUUUCAAAUGUGUGUAUACAGGCACACCUUUUAUAGUGGCUCAGGAUGUGUUCUAUACAACACAGCGCUGUAGGAGACCACUAUAACAUGGUUCCAAUGGAGAUGCGUUACCGACUGUGAUUUUUUUUUACCUUUGAGCGAUAUGAGGGCUUCCUUGCGGUAUCAGUAAUAGCCUUAAUAAUGGUACUGUACACAUGAUAAAUGUAUGAAAGCAUUUUAUAAAUAAAAAUGAUCACUUAAUGUAUAAUGACAUAAAUCCAAUAUUAUUUACUCAAUGCAAUCGGUCGGACCUUACGUAACACGUUCCGCGGGAAGCUAUACUUACUAAUGGGAUUAUUCGAUCCAUGGAUUGCCAAUGAAUCGACGCAGUGAUUAACCCUCGAUGAAUCGAUACUAACGUCGCUUUCAGAUCGACUAUGAGCAGGAUCAAUACAAUAACCUCGGUUAAGGUUCCACAAGACCAUAUGUAGGCAAAGACACCUAUAGGUUAAGCCAUGCCGACUUCAAUAUAUGGGAUGAUUCGGGCAGGAAUAUUCUUCCAAAACAAAUAUCGCUAUGAGAGGCAGUGCUAUAAUGCUGUAUUUGAAUACAGCAUUUGCGUGAAUAAGCUUUUUUUUCAAUCAACCAUUUUUCCGUCAUAGCCAGUAACCAAUCAAGUCACCAGAUCAUUAAUUACAUUUGCCAUUUGUGCCAUUAUAGCACGAGGCUAACACAAAGAUACUGUGUUUCACAUACUUGGUCUACAGUAGUUUAGUAGGGAGCUAUGUUGCUGUGUGUAAUCACAAUUAAUUCGUGGGUACAUUUUGAAAUUGGGAAAAUCUGCACCACGACGCCAGCACACGAUGGAUUCCUCUUAAAAUUACCUUCCAGGAUUUGUAAACGUUCACUGUGAAGCAGAUGCCAUAAAAAUGUUUGUUUCAUGCACUUUUAGCAAUACACCCCGUAUUAACCAGGGUGGCCUGCAGGAUGCCAGCCGUUAGCUUCCGCAAAAAAAAACACUGCUGGGCUAUUUCAUAACCCUGUAACCUGUAUAACAAAAAAAAGUUUGUUCACUCCAAGCGAACAAUUUUGCACCAUUUUUCACAUGUAGCACGGACACCCUCAAAUGGGGGGCCGUCUGGAGGCACUUGGGCUCACUGCCCUACCACGAUGGGGCGCAGCAGAUUAACGAAGAAGGGGAGGAAGAGGGGAGAGGGAGGGAAUAAUAGUAACCUAACAAAACAGGAAACAAAGUAACACGUAAGAGCGAUGUCUGGGUUUAUCCUUUUUGUUUUGCUCUAGGUCCGAGGAGCAAAGGUAGUUGGGCCCUUACUACAAUGUUUCAGUGUCAGGAGUCUAUCCCCUCACCUCGGCCACCACGAUUCAGAUGUGAUGUUUUUUUUUCAAAAAUUGGUUCUGUACUUGUCAUUUGUCCAAUAAAUACAAUUGUCACCAUAUGCACGUACAUUAUGCUGAGGCCAUAGCUAUGGAUGUUUCGGCAAUGAAAAAUGAACUAACUUCAAUUUUGUUAUAUUUGGCAAGGUGACAAAUAUUUAAACUUAUUCUUGGAAGACCGUGAGUUCAAAUCCUUAUCGGUGGGAAUUUGAAGAUCAUCCUUCCAGGGUUGCUAAAAUAAGUAUUACCUUGUGGGAAGGCGGUAGUGGUUCUCGUGUGAAGAAACUGGACUGUGCUGUAGGAAUGUUGAAUUUCCCUCAUUGGUUUAGGAUUAUUAACAGUGGUGAAUGUCAUCCGAGUACUUAUUUGAGCUUUGGUAUUUUGAUUAUCAGUUUUUGAGCGAUCCUUGCUUUUAAAUUGAAUCCCCAAAAGGGAGAGUCGUGUGCAAAUGACUAUGUGGUGGAUUACUGGUAACUUACUAUAAAUGACAUCCCAUAAUGUAAUUUUUUAAGUUAAAUCUUAAUAGCAUCCUGAUGUUCGAUAAAUAUGGUUACAGUGUGAUAUAAAAUAAAUAUAUAGAUUUUGUGUGCCUGGUAUGCUGUUUAUAUAUUUUCUUAUUUGAUCAUGGAACUUGUGUUUUAAAGAGAAAAUAAACAUUGUUAUGGUAGUUUAUGUUCAAUGCAAACAUUUUAAUUCCUUUGCACAAUAUUCAUGUUUGGUCAUAUGUAAAUUGUUUUAAACAGAGAUGUCACACAUCGAUAGAGGUUUAAAAAGACAACCCUGUAAUGAUUUAUCACAAAUUGCAAACAAACCAUGACACAAAGGCCUGCAUCUUGGUGAUGUUUAUUACAGCGUGAAUUCUGUCAACCUGUGUAACGAUGUAGAUGACCUUUAGAUGCUUUCUAGCAUUCCGUUAAAAAAGCUAAUUUUGUAUUUGUUGCAUGACGUUAAACUUGCCCUACAGUGGUUUAUGACCAACCUGUAAUGGUUUCGUAUAUGUGUGAAUUUUACAUUUUACCUGAAACAAUAGGACACCCCUGGCAUGCGUGGCAUAGUGCCAAACUCAGUAAUGCCAGAUCUGUCCGAUUGUCUUCAAUGCCACACGUUCUACAACAAUUAUUGGGUUGAUUAACCCAUGUUGAUUGUCUGCUAUGCAUACUUUAACUUUCUGCAAUAAAUUCCACAAUAGCAUA